AUGAGUGCAUCAUCCGAAAAUCUUGAUCUUUUUACACCUGUAUUUAAACAUUUUCGUCAUCUUUCUGAUAAAGAUUGUUUAAUUCAAGCAUAUUCAAUAACAACUCAUCCAACACUUUUUCAACAAUGUCCAUUAAAUAUUUCAAUCGAUGUUGAUUCAUCAUUAGGUUUACAACCUAUAUCAACAUGGUCUCUUUAUUCAUGUAAAUUUUCAAAUGGUCUCUAUUUUCUUUCAAAUCCAUUUACAUUAAAUGGACAACGUCAAUGGAUUAAUCGAUGUUUGAAUAAUUAUGCUCGACAAACUCGAACAAGUGUAGGUGAUAAUAGUGAUAAUCAAAAUUUAACUCGUAUACGUUGGGCUACACUUGGUUAUCAUUAUGAUUGGACAAAUAAAAUUUAUAAACAAGAUGAUCAUACAAACAUACCAGAUGAACUUGUACAAUUAUCUCAAACAAUUGCACAAGUUAUUUCUUCGAAUACAAAUUGUCCAAUGAUAUAUCCUGAAGCUGUUAUUAUUAAUUAUUAUCAUUUAAAUUCAACAUUAUGUGCACAUACAGAUCAUUCAGAAUAUGAUGCAUUAACAAAACCUCUUCUAUCAAUAUCAUUUGGUAAUUCAGCUAUAUUUCUUAUUGGUGGUCAAACAAAAACUGAAUGUCAACCAUCACCAAUGCUUCUUCAUUCUGGUGAUAUUAUUAUUAUGACAGGAACAAGUCGUCUUUGUUUUCAUGCAAUUCCUCGCAUACUUUCGGAUCCAUUUUUAAAUGAUAUUUUAUAUAAGAAUAUUGAUGACGAUAAUGAUAAAGUUUGUUGGAGUUAUAUUCAUGACAAACGCAUCAAUAUUAAUUUACGACAAGUCUAUACUUAA